AUGUCCACCACUGUGACUGAUUUGACCUUGUCCAAUGGUAUGAAAAUGCCUAUUCUUGGUUAUGGAACCUGGCAGGCCGAUGAAGAAAAAUUAGAAGCGGCUUUAGAUUGUGCUUUGGAAACUGGUUAUCGUCAUAUCGACACUGCUUACGUUUAUAAAAAUGAACACGUUGUCGGAAGAGUACUCAAAAGAUGGUUGGAUGAGGGAAAAGUCAAAAGAGAAGAUCUUUUCAUUGUGACGAAGCUUCCCAACAUCGGUAAUAGAGAAUCCCAUGUUCAAAAAUUUUUGGAUCUUUCACUUUCGAAAUUACAAUUGGAUUAUGUUGAUCUAUAUUUGAUUCAUACUCCUUUUGGAUUAAAAUAUGUCGACGAUGAAACGACAUUUCCGUUAAAACCGGAUAAAACAGUCGAUUUUGAUUAUUCUACAGAUUUGAUAGCAAUAUGGAAGAAAAUGGAAGAGAUGGUUGAUUUGGGUAAAACAAAAUCGAUUGGAGUUUCAAAUUUUUCAUCUGAACAAGUUGAUAGAAUAGUUGAAAUAGCAAGAAUAAAACCCGUUACGAAUCAAGUUGAACUCCAUGUUUAUAAUCAGCAAAGAGAAUUGGAAGAAGCAUUGAAAAAACAUAAUAUUACAUUAACGGCUUAUUCAUCGUUGGGAACACCCGGAUCGAAAAUAUUUUUUGAACAAUUCGGUUCACAAAUUGAACUUCCCAGUUUACUUGAGAAUCCGGUCGUCGUGCAAAUUGCGUCCGAAGUUGGCAAAACUGCGGCUCAAGUUCUUUUAAGAUUCGUUAUUCAAAGAGGAAUUGCUACCAUUCCUAAAAGUGUUACACCGCACAGAAUAAAGGAAAAUUUUAAUAUUUUCGAUUUUGAAUUAUCGCCGGAACAAAUGUCACAAUUGGAAGCCCUUGAUAAGAAAACCAGAAUAUUAAAAAUGGAAGAAUUUUUUAAAAAUUUGGAAACUCAUCCGGAGAACCCAUUUUCAAAAUGA